CCUGGAUCUCGCGACAGACGGGGGAAAAAGGUCUGCCGACAAACGACAGACAGACAGACUAACAAACAAACUCGGGAGAAAAGAUGGGACAAGGGCAGUGAUGGAAGGGGAGAACAGGUUGAAAGAUGGGGCAGGGAGCGGCUUGAGGCUGCAGCAGAUGACUGCGCAAGAGGAGCGGGCGAGGACACCGCCAGUCAAUCCCGAUUCCAAAACACUUCCUGAGCUCGAUACUCCACCCCCGACAGCAGCGGUAGCAGAAGCAGGAGCAAUGCCCGCGGCUAUGGAAGCGGACAGAGGAGAAGCAGAAACAAUGCAGGACGGCGUCGAGGCCCAGAAACGAGCCGAGGCAGAGGCUCGCAUCGAGAGCGGCGAGGCUGGUAGGGUAGAGAUUGCUGCAGUGCAAGAGAGCAGCGAGCCACAUCCUCUGCUGCAGCAUGGGUACGAGGGAGACGAGGACACGCCAGAGCCACUCAAGAAGCGCGCCAAGGUUGUCAGGAUCGAAGACAACGGCCAGUCAGAGGCACAAGGAGGCAUGGUGCACGAGGCAGUGGAGCAGCUUCUAGUCAAGCCGCAUGAUCAAACCUCGCCAACGGGGGAGUCGAGCAGCGGUGGUACUCACACGCCAGCAUUGCCAAACAAGAAGAAGGCACCUUCCAGCAAGGCGGCCUCGAAGAAGGCCGCUUUGCCGUCCAAGAAAGCCAAGAGCUCGUCCAAGAAGAAGUCCAGCGACCAAGGCAGCAGGAAGAAAAAGGUCAAAAGGGAUGAGUCCGAGGAUGCUGCCGGCGCCGUUGACGCAGAUGUAUCUACGACGGCCGGUGACGAGAUGCAAAGCUCCUACGAGCCCGAGAGCGAAGGCGAUGAGAAGCUCUACUGCAUAUGCCAGACACUCUACGACGAGGAUCGCAUGAUGAUUGCCUGCGAUCGCUGCGAUGAAUGGUACCACACAUCGUGCAUGAAGAUGAAGGACAGCGACGUCGAGCUCGUCGAUAUGUUCAUGUGUCCAAACUGCGCAAAGGAAACGGGACAGCAGACGACGUGGAAGACAAAAUGCCUGCGGCAGGGUUGCAACCACGGCGCCAUGCCUCCCCUCUCGCGGUACUGCUCCGAGCGCUGCGGUAUACUUGUGGCAGCUUCCAGAAUCGCAAAGACAAAGUACGCGAAGCUGAGCCCUGCAGCAUGUGUCGAAAGGCUCAUGACGGCAAGGGUGCGCGCGUCAAAAAGGACAGAGGGCAUCGCCGUUUGGACGAGCGAGGGCGAAAGCAAGGGGGAAAGUCAAAAGACGGAAGGUGAAGACGAGGCUGCAAAGGCGGAAAUGAUGCAGGCAGUAGUAGGAGAAGGGAACCACGACCUCGUCUCCCUGUCUCUCGCGCCUCAAGAGCAGGAGAAGGAGCAGGAGAGACUCUCCAUCUUUGCCUACGCAUCACCCGAUGCCGAAGAACUGCACCGAUUGCAGCAGGAAUCGAGGAAUCUGAAUGAGGCAAAGGACGCCAUCAAUCGGAGUCUGGAUCUCUUGGCGGCCAGAAAUAAGGUGCUGCAGCUCGCAGAGGACCGCAUCGGCACCCUCGAGCCUCUCAUCGACGACAGCCUUACCUCGACGGCGUCCUCCAGCAGCAAAAAGAAGAGCAAGAAGAAGGGAGGGGCUACAAAGGCGACGCAGGAAGAAGAAGAAACGGCGUCUGAACCUGCCACUGCAAGAGUCGUGGCGAGGUGCGGCUUCGACGAGAGAAUCUCUUGGGACGAUGCCAGAUUCGAUGGCUGGUGUCGGAGCGACUCGGGACGGAAGACGCUGGACGAGGAAAUUGGGCUAGAUGGGCAUCUUGACCCUCCCAGCUCACCAGAAGGAGAGGGUGAGGCGGUGAGGGAUGGGUCAGCAAAGGUCUGUUCUCUCGCCAAGAAGAAGUGCAAGCGUCACGCCGACUGGAACGUACUCAAAAGUGCCGAAUUCGAGGUGCAACGAGAGCUGCAGACUCGCACCCUGUCGGCCCUAUCGGAACAGACACAAGACGUCGAGUCGAGAAUUGGCCAGCUGAAAGACGCCGUGGAGAGCUGGGCCAGAGCAAAGAGGGCCAAUGAGGUGCUGGAACGGCAGGGCCGCGACGAAGCGCUGGCAAAGGAGCUUUCCCGGCUCGAGUCUCGAAGGCCAGUCUUGCAUGCCAAUGGUCGAUGAAAGGAAAAGCGUCAUUGGCAGGCGCAUGUAUUUUGGCAUUUGUACUGUAGAAUCAUCCUAAUCACAAUAAAGACGUCAACACA